AAUCCACAAUUAAAAGUUUAUCGUGAACCAAUUAAUGGCUGACCGUAGAAAUGUAAUCUCGAAGUAAAUAAUGCUUUGAUUCGAGGCAAUGACCUAAAGUUAUUGUAUGAAAUAUCACCAAGAAACUUUAUUAAAGUAUAUACACAAAUUGAAACCCUCUGCAGUAUAUUCAAAUGAUGAUUGUGUUACCUUCCAAUCCAAUGUAAAUAGUGGGAAUAAAUUUACAAGCAGUCAUCAUAUGUGGGUCGUAACUGAAUAUAAAACACUUCCCAUUCCGAAGCAGAGAUAUACAACUUCUUCAUUAUUUAUAAUAAACAUCGUAAAGGAAUAAAUCUUAUAGAUAUUAAAGGCUAUUAUGUCGCAUACCGAAGGGCAUGUUUUUACUGAAGCUGAAAAGGCGCGCAUGGAACGAAACCGUAUAAAAGCUUUACAUCUAAGGCAGGCCAAACUAGUUGCAUAUCCUUAUCGAAAAAAGAAUGGAAGUACAAACACCGACCAAGACUCUAUAAUAAAGGUACAAGGCACUAAAUAUAUUGAUAGCGGAGGUGGCUUUCUGUUAGAACAACCCGUUAUAAAAACAGCGGAAUCUUCGGGAAACAUAGAAAAUGGAUCUGGAGGUUCUAAUACAGACAUCGUUAAAGUUUUCAAUGAUGCAAUUAACAUACCAGUAAACUACGAGGAGUGUCUUGAAUGUGGAGAUGCUUUUGUAGAAUCUUAUCUGUUUAGUAAUUUUGGUGAAGCUGUCUGCGACAAAUGCCGCGACCCUGAUGGUCGCCACUCAUUGAUUACUCGCACCGAAGCUAAGGCUGAAUAUUUGUUGAAGGACUGUGAUUUUGACAAACGUGAACCUCCAUUACGAUAUAUAAGCCGAAAAAACCCGCACAAUGUUCGAUGGGGGGAAAUGAAACUUUAUCUAUUAAUGCAAGUUGAAAAGCGCGCAAUGGAUGUUUGGGUUUCUGAGGAAGAACUGAGCCGCCAACAUGAACUGCGUGAAGAAAAGCGAGAAGUAACUAAAGUGAAGAAAUAUAAUAAACAAAUGAAACAGUUACGUAUGGAAAUUCGAAGCAGUUUAUUUACAAAGAAGACUAAAUCGAUUCACGAACAUGAUUUCGGCCCGGAUACAUAUAAUGAGAAUGAAGAUAAUUAUACACACACCUGUAAAACGUGCUCCUAUGCAGAAACCUAUGAAAAAAUGUAGUUAAUGACUUAUUGCAAUAAUGUGUGAUCUAUCAACGGAAAUCGGUGUUAAUAUGCAGGACAUUGGUAAAAUUACGAUUUCUUUGAUACCGCGACCUUAUGGUAUGGACGGAUAGAGGAGGUCCUCAGGAUUAUAAAAUGUAUACACUAAUCGAGAUAUUUGUAGUUAAAGUUCAAAAAUUGUAUAAGUAAUGCGCGUUAUUUCACUAAUGUACAUAUAUACACAUUUUCAAUGAACUAUAUACUCCCCGGUGUUGGACCGACAAAGGUUAUUUUUUUGAAGCACGGUCGAAGGCCGCCAAUGCUGAAAGGAGUUCGACGCGAAAUAAUAUAUUACUUAUCUCUAAUGUGUCAUAAAUGCAAACAUACAAAUUACGUGAAACUGUGAUUGUGCCAAGUAAUUUUUAAACUAUAUUUAUUUUCUUAAAAAACGCACAAUAAAUAUAUAUUUUGGAUAUAUUUCAACAUAUACAGUAUAAUUGUGCAAAGUGUGUUAAACACUCGAAAACUAUAAAUCUGAGGCGGAUAUAUGUAUAUAAAUUUUUUAAUCCUGAGGAUCACGUCUAUCCAUUCAUUACACCAGAUCGCGGCGUAAUCGUGCCAGGACAUUUAUUAUGAUCAUACAAGUAUUUAUAAUUAAAUAAAAUUUAUUGUCUUUUUAACCAUAA